GGCUGCCCGCCCGCCGCUCCUUCCCUGCCCACCUACCACGAGGAGCGAGGAGCGACUCCUCCCACCUGCCCAUAAAAGCCAAGUGCAUGUUACCAGCACCACCGGCUCAGAGCACUUCCCGACCUCUCCUGUGGGAGCCCCCAGCCUCUCUCCUGGAUCUGACGUGCUCAAGACACUGUUCUGGAAGCGGAGCAGAUACCAGGCCCAGGCGUGCCACUGGAAGGCACAGGCAAGGACGCUGGUCCUGAUUCCGCAGGCAGCCAAGUCUAAAUGUGAUGGCUGUGCCACCUGCCCCUCUGCAGCUGCUGGGAGUGCUGCUAAUCAUUUCCCUGGGCUCCAUCAGGCUCACUCAGGCAGGUGCCUACUAUGGGAUCAAGCCACUGCCUCAAAUUCCUCCUCAGAUGCAACCACAAAUUCCACAGUACCAGCCCCUGGGCCAGCAAGUACCUCACAUGCCUUUGAGCAAAGAUGGCCUUACCAUGGGCAAGGAGCUUCCCCAUAUGCAGUAUGGGAAAGAGUAUCCACAUCUGCCCCAAUAUAUGAAGGAAAUGCAGCCAAUGCCAAGGAUGGGCAAGGAACCAGCUCCCAAGAAAGGCAAAGAAGCACCAGUAGCCAGUUUACGAGGGGAACAAGGUCCUCGUGGAGAGCCAGGCCCAAGAGGACCACCUGGGCCCCCCGGUUUGCCAGGUCAUGGGAUACCUGGAAUCAAAGGAAAACCAGGGCCACAGGGAUAUCCAGGAAUUGGAAAGCCAGGUAUGCCUGGAAUGCCAGGAAAGCCAGGAGCCAUGGGAAUGCCAGGAGCUAAAGGUGAAAUUGGACCCAAAGGGGAGAUGGGGCCCAAGGGGAUCCCAGGACCACAAGGACCUCCAGGGCCUCACGGACUUCCUGGCAUUGGCAAGCCAGGUGGACCUGGGUUACCGGGGCAACCAGGUCCAAAGGGUGAGAGAGGACUCAAAGGACCACCAGGACCUCCAGGCCUUCAGGGUCCUAAAGGAGAGAAGGGCUUCGGGAUGCCAGGCCUGCCAGGCCUGAAGGGUCCUCCAGGGAUGAAUGGCCCUCCUGGCCCUGUCGGGCUUCCAGGAGUGGGCAAACCAGGAGUGACAGGCUUCCCUGGGCCCCAGGGCCCCCUGGGAAAGCCAGGUCCUCCAGGGGAACCUGGGCCACAGGGCCCUAUCGGGAUACCAGGGGUUCAAGGACCUCCUGGGAUGCCUGGGGUUGGAAAACCAGGCCAGGAUGGGAUCCCUGGCCAGCCAGGAUUUCCAGGUGGCAAAGGGGAGCAAGGACUGCCAGGGCUGCCAGGACCCCCGGGCCUUCCAGGGAUCGGGAAACCAGGCUUCCCAGGCCCCAAAGGCGAUAAGGGCAUAGGGGGUGUCCCUGGGGCGCUUGGACCCAGAGGGGAGAAAGGACCAAUAGGCGCCCCUGGAAUGGGGGGUCCCCCAGGAGAGCCAGGCCUGCCUGGAAUCCCAGGUCCUAUGGGCCCUCCAGGUGCGAUUGGUUUUCCCGGACCCAAAGGAGAAGGUGGGAUUAUAGGGCCACAGGGGCCACCGGGUCCCAAGGGGGAGCCGGGGCUUCAGGGCUUCCCAGGAAAGCCAGGUUUCCUUGGCGAAGUGGGGCCCCCCGGCAUAAGGGGUUUGCCAGGUCCCACAGGGCCCAAGGGGGAAGCUGGGCAUAAAGGUUUGCCAGGACUGCCUGGUGUUCCAGGUCUGCUUGGACCAAAGGGAGAGCCAGGAAUCCCAGGGGAUCAGGGUUUACAGGGCCCCCCAGGCAUCCCGGGGAUCGCAGGCCCUAGUGGCCCCAUUGGACCACCCGGAAUCCCAGGCCCCAAAGGGGAACCGGGCCUCCCAGGGCCCCCUGGGUUCCCUGGAGUAGGGAAGCCCGGAGUAGCAGGACUUCACGGCCCCCCGGGAAAGCCCGGUGCCCUGGGCCCUCAAGGCCAGCCUGGCCUCCCGGGGCCCCCAGGCCCUCCGGGGCCCCCAGGCCCCCCAGCUGCCAUGCCUCCCACGCCACCACCCCACGGAGAGUACCUGCCAGAUAUGGGGCCGGGUAUUGAUGGGCUGAAACCCCCCCACGCCUAUGGGGCCAAGAAAGGCAAGAACGGAGGGCCGGCCUACGAGAUGCCUGCGUUUACUGCUGAGCUGACCGCGCCCUUCCCGCCCGUGGGGGCCCCCGUGAAGUUUGACAAACUGCUCUACAACGGCAGGCAGAACUACAACCCGCAGACGGGCAUCUUCACCUGCGAGGUCCCCGGCGUCUACUACUUCGCGUACCACGUCCACUGCAAGGGGGGCAACGUGUGGGUGGCCCUGUUCAAGAACAACGAGCCCAUGAUGUACACGUACGACGAGUACAAGAAGGGCUUCCUGGACCAGGCGUCGGGGAGCGCGGUGCUGCUGCUCAGGCCCGGGGACCGCGUGUUCCUCCAGAUGCCCUCGGAGCAGGCCGCGGGGCUGUACGCCGGGCAGUACGUCCACUCCUCCUUUUCAGGAUAUUUAUUGUAUCCCAUGUAAAAAAGGAAAAGAAGUAGAGAGAGAGAGAGAGAGAUUUAAUAAAGGAGAAGAAAACGAUGCACCAAAAAAAAAAAAAAAAAAAUCCAAAUCCUUCAAAACAUUUAUAUAGUUGGAAAGUUAUAUUUAAGUGGAAUGUUGAACCAUCAUGUACAAAUAAAAGCUAAGAUGCAUGUUUAAUGCUCUGCACAGCACCCUGUAAUGGAGAAUGAUGGGACAGAUUUAUGUAUCAAGUGCUGACACUUUUGCGUUGUACCCACUGGAAUCGUGUUAGCUGUAUGUCAGGUGCUUCCAUGAAAACCUGCGUAUUCGGAUCAAAAUGUUUCAGUAUGAAAGACCAUAGCUAAUGAAAGUCACUCGUGUUGUUUACGUUUAAAUAUUUAUAAGUAUGGCUCAAAGAAAGGCCAGUGAUAAGAAUUACAUACCGUAUUUACUUGCA